CUUCUCUGUACCGUAACCGGAAUGAUGAGAGUGCAGCAAAGUAGCCCGAAAAAGCUUGUCACCCAACCCAUUAUCCAAAUUUAGGAUUAAGAUUUCGAAGGAUUUUCCGCUGUUUUACGUCUGGAUUUGUGCUCUCUGAGAACUGCCAUCUGAGAAUAUAAGCUCGAGUCAGAACAAUGGGAGUUCCUGGAGGUAGAGGUGUUGAGGCGAUGGAAGUCGAAGUUCCUGGAGGUGCAGAUGCGCCUGCUGGUGAUGGGGACGUGGGUGAGAAAAAGGAUGUAGAUCUUCUGACAAUCCAUGACCUCCGUGAGCACACUAGGCAAAUAGAAAAGGCUGUUCAAAACAAGGAGCCACGCUUCAUUCUACGUGUUCUUCGGGCCCUUCCUAACACCAGGCGUAAACUAAAUCCCGUUGUCCUGCGUGGUAUAAUUGGAGGCUUUUACACUCGUUCAGCAGUAGAAAAAGAUGCUCUUCUUGCCUGGGUAGAGGAGCCGAUGGACACAGAGGGUGCGCAGGCAGCCAUUCAGCGAUUCCGCAGCUCUGCGUUGCCGUUGCUACCUGAAAUCGAUGCAUACGUUCAUCUGCUAGUCCUUGUCAGGCUCAUAGACACCCAUAAACACGAGGAUGCUGUGCGUUGUUCCGAGGCCCUCGUUCAGAAGAUUACUGCGCAGAAUCGAAGAACAAUCGAUCUCAUCGCAGCAAAGUGUUACUUUUACCAUACCAGAGCAUACGAACUUACUAAUCAACUGGACAAGAUCAGAGGUUUUUUGCACUCAAGAUUGAGGACUGCUACCCUGCGCAACGAUUAUGAGGGCCAAGCUGUACUGAUAAACUGCCUGCUACGUAACUACUUACAUUAUAAUUUGUACGACCAGGCAGACAAGCUGGUUCUUAAAUCCACAUUUCCAGAAACAGCUAGCAAUAAUGAAUGGGCUAGAUUUCUGUACUACUUAGGUAGAAUAAAGGCUGCUCGGCUUGAGUACUCAGCUGCCCACAAGUAUUUGGUACAGGCCAUGCGAAAAGCACCUCAAACCACUGCUGUUGGAUUUCGACAAACUGUUCAGAAGCUGGCCGUUACCGUCGAGCUUUUACUAGGAGAUAUUCCAGAACGGCAGAUAUUUAGGCAGGCAGCAUUACGUCGCUCGCUUGCUCCUUACUUUCAGUUAACUCAGGCAGUUAGACUUGGAAACUUGCAACGCUUCGGGGAGGUGUUGGAAAAUUUCGGUCCCCAGUUUCGCUCGGACCACACUUUCACGCUGAUUCUCCGGCUGAGACACAACGUUAUCAAGACUGCUAUUCGAUCCAUAGGGUUGUCCUACUCCCGUAUAUCCCCUGCAGAUAUUGCCAGAAAACUUGGUCUUGAUUCUGGUGUUGAUGCAGAAUUUAUUGUGGCAAAGGCAAUACGUGAUGGAGUUAUCGAGGCAACGCUUGAUCCAGAGAAUGGAUACAUGCGCAGCAAGGAAACGACUGAUAUAUACUGUACUAGGGAGCCACUGCUCGCUUUCCAUCAGCGUAUCACCUUCUGCUUAGACCUACACAAUCAGAGUGUUAAGGCAAUGCGCUAUCCUCCAAAAUCGUAUGGAAAAGAUUUGGAGUCUGCGGAGGAACGUAGAGAGCGUGAACAGCAGGAUUUGGAACUUGCCAAGGAAAUGGCAGAAGAGGACGAUGAUGGAUUCCCAUAAAUAAGUUAUCAUCUUCGACAGUGUGCGCGAUUAUUAUAAAUAAAAUUAUUCAUUUUCUGUAACGAUUAAAUUAAUAAAACAAUGUUUCGACAA